GCAUCCCUCUCUCACACAGUACCAGCUUAUUUGCCCCCUCGCUCCAAGUCUUUUCUCUCCGUCAACUUCUCAUCUCUGCACGGACUCACGGACCGAUUUUCACUCUCCAAAACCCUAACUUUCUUCUCUCCCAAUUGGCGCUUUCUGAAACCCUAGCAACAAUGCCGGUGAAGCGCUCUCUAAUCGGCAGGUCUUCGAGCUUCGGAGAUUCUGGUGUCCUAUCUCCGCCGAUUGAAUCGGCCGACGGAUGGCUGGAGAGGCGCUCAGCUCCGCCCUCCGCCGCCGCCGCUGCGAAGCCUCCGAGUUAUUCUUCUAAGGCUAUGAGACCGUCAGUCGCAGAGAAGUCGCUGGUGUCGCCACCGAGGAUUCUGACCCUGUCAUCUCCAGUUCAGGAGGAGAGUAUUGAUGGUAGUGAUGAUCAGCCGAUCGGAGAGUUUCUCGACAAAUGUUACUAUUGCAAGAAGAAGAUCGGUGAAAAUGCUGAAGUCUUCAUGUAUAGCUACUUGCGUGCAUUUUGCACUGCUGAAUGCCGUGAUAGGCAGAUUGCCAUGGACAAUGGGAUGGAGAACGCAUCUGUCAAAUCUGAAGGGAUGCAAAUUAGUCCCACGUGAUGAAGAUGUGAAGGACCAGCUUGGUUUUUAACUGGAAAAGCACAAAACUCUUUUGGUCAUACAUAGCUAAGUUCUGUACUAACUGUAGUAAUGCAUAGCUGUCAGGUUUUUUGAGAUUGGCUUGCACUUUUGCACAAAUAGGUGUUAGGUGUCGCUUACUAUUUGUUUUCAGGGUUGAUCUUAGUUGGUAUGUACAUAGCACUAGUUUGUUUUGAGAGGAAAGCACUAUGUUUUGAAAUUCAAAUUCUUCAACUUUAAUUCAGCUUGAUAUAAUAUUGUGCUUGGGAUA